UAAAAUAAACAGUUAGUUUGCUCUUAUACGUAGGCAAAAAAAAAAAACUUGAACGCGUAACGUUAAAUAAUUAAACAAAUGAUAUGAAAAUUAAAGGAAAUAAACGAUUUACAGCGGAAAAUUUAAAAUCACACUUUCGAAUGUUAAGAAAUAGAAAUUUUACGUUUAAUAAAUGACGAAAUAUUUAAAUUUUCCCACGGCCAUACAUUUGAUAUUCUCAAUUUUAAUAUUAUGUGAAAUAUUGUCUAAAAUCUCUUUAAUAUACGUAAAAGGAAGUGAAAGUAAUGCCCGCAUAGUCAAUGGUAUUACUACAAAUAUAAAUAGUGCCAAAUAUACCGUUAAUCUAAGGCUUAAUGGCAAAUUUAUUUGUGGUGGUUCUUUAGUUACACCACAAUUUGUUAUAACAGCAGCCCAUUGUGUUAAAAACGUUAAUCCCACCCAAUUAACUGUAGUAGGUGGCGUUACGUAUCUUACAGAAUCUGGAGUACGUAGAAGUAUUGAGAAGAUAAUAACACCCAAAGAGUAUAAUGCUAAAACUUAUCAUAUGGAUAUAGCGGUACUUAAAUUAUCGGGUACUAUGAGUGGCAAUAAUAUUGCAACCAUUGAAUUGUGCAAAUCAGAUUGGAAACUUGGAGAUUCUAUACAAGUUUUUGGUUGGGGUGCCUUGAGCGAAAACAAUAAUCGAGAAUCGAAUCAAUUGCGUACGAUUAGAGUUCCCUUGGUAACGCGUAAACGCUGUUCGGAUAUGUACAGAGCUGAUGGUAGUACGAUAACACAGACAAUGUUCUGUGCUGGUGAUUUAAAGGGAAAAGAUGCUUGUUUUGGUGAUUCCGGUGGACCGGCUAUAUUUCAAAAUCAAUUGUGUGGCGUUGUAUCGUGGGGUGUUGGUUGUGCGAGAACUAAAUUUCCCGGGGUCUAUACAAAUUGUAAGAGUGUACGUAAUUUUAUGAUCGAGCUCAUGAAACUUUGAGGAUAUGACUAAAAUGCAAAAGUGAAGAAACAAAUUUAGUUAUAAGAAUGUAUUU